AUGGGAUAUCAUAUAUUGGAUGGUGGUUUAGGUACAAGUAUUGAAUUUUUUUAUAACACACAUGAUGAUGAUCAAAAAUAUAUUGAUUAUGGGUUUUUUUCAUUUAAUCUUGCUGUUAAUAAAAAAUGGCUUCAAUUAGCUAAUAUUCAUAUGCAAUUUUUAAAAAAUUAUUCAAGUACAUUAUAUACAUCACAUUAUCAAGCAUCAAUUCCUAGAUUAUAUAAAAAAAUAAAAAAUUUAAAUGAAAUUUGGUAUUUAUUAAAAAUUAGUUAUGAAAUUCCAAAAAGUAUUAUGCAAUUAUAUAAUAAAAAUACAAAAAACAAUUUAUCAUUACCAAGUGUUAUUAUAAGUUGUGGACCAAUAGCAACAUUUUUUCAGAAUAAAAGUGAAUAUUUAAGUAAGAAUUGUCAUCCAUUAUAUAAAAAUAAUAUAUUUCAAAAAAAUGUUGUUGAGAUGUAUUAUAAAAUACAAGUACAAUCAUUAUUAUCUUUAUCAUCAGAAUGUAUAAUGUUUGAAACUUUUACAUUAUAUGAUGAAAUUGAGAGUUUAAUUAAUGUAUUAGAUUCUUUAUUAAAAAAUCAUAUAGCAAAUUUUUGUUUAGGAUUAUCUAUUACAUGUAAAAAUGAAAAAUUUACUUAUGGUGAUUGUAAUAUUAUUGACAUAUUUAGACUUGUUAAAAAAUCUAAUAAAUUUAAAUAUUUUGGUAUUAAUUGUACUAAUCCAAAUUAUAUUUCUGGAAUAUUAAAUAGUUUGAAAUCCUUAAAUAGUUUAGAUCAUUACUUAGAAAUUAUUAUUAAAAGUAAUAAGGGUGAUAUUAUAUAUGAAGAUGGUGUUCCACAUAUUAUCAAUGAUGCAAAAUUAUUUUAUGAUUAUGCUGAUGAAUGGGAAAAAAUAAUGCCAAUUACAGGUAUUGGAGGAUGUUGUGGUGUUCUACCAGAAGAUAUUAAUAAAUUAUAUAAAAUAAAACAUAAAUAUGAUACAGUUAUUGAAACUCAAAGUUCGAUUAAAAAUGAUGAUCUUAAAUUUUUGAUAGAAAAAGUUAUUGAUGAUUCAGAGGCAUUCUGUACAAGCAAACAUUUGGGUAUAGAAAAAAAAGAUUUGGAAAAAUUUUUUGAAUUAAUAAAAUAUUGUAAUUUAGAGUAA